CAUGCAGACACAUACAUACACACAGUGGCUCAGGGAUCCUGAGCCAGUGCUCUGAGCUCCAGGUGAGAAAGAUUUAAUAGAAAAAACUGUGAGAAGAGAAAUGAAAAGAGGCAAGGGAGGGGAAAAGAGAGAUGAAAUGAACUACCUCAGAUCAUCUGGGAUUCUCCCGGAGAAUCGGUGUAAAAGAGAAAAGGCUGGGAUGAUCCAACAAGCUGUCUCUCUGUCAAGCUCCAAGAUGACCUCUUUCCAGCCCUGAUCAUUUCGCCGUACACAACUCCUUGGGAAAAUAACUGAGAUGACAUCCGUGGCCAAUAAAGAGCUGGUGUUGGUGGAGUUUGAGUAUGAGUACACCGGCAGAGAUGGUGCCCUUGUGUCCAUCAAACCCAACGAACGGUACAUUCUUGUGUCCAGGACCAAUGAUCACUGGUGGCAUGUCCGCAAGGAUGAGCAAACCAAACCGUUCUACAUACCUGCCAAAUAUGUGAAAGAACUCCCGGUGGAUUUCCCAUCCCCGUUGGACUUCAUUAGGCCAAAUGGCCUGACGACCUCAGAGCCUUUGAUGAACCAAGGUCCAGUUGAUCUGCUGGACGAGAAGCCUGACGAAGUCACGCUCAGGCUCCGUUCACUGUCGAGCAGUGGCAAGAGAGCCGAAGAUCGAAUGUCGACGUUUGGUACCCCUCAAGACCUUCAGGACUUAAAGCAGUAUGGACUCCCGGAUUCUGUCAAUGCACAGCAAACACACACCAGCAGCAGCUCUGCACCCUUGUCCUUCUCAAAAAAUGCCUCACAACACAUGAAGAGGCACACCAUAGCCCCCAGUGCCUUUGGCCCUGCUGAUUCAGGUACACAAUCAACUCAGCCGAGGUUACUGGAGGCUAAACACCGACAGUCAAUUGGACUACCAGAACUUCCAAUAACAUUAGAACUCAUUCAACAGGCUGACUCUACACAGGACUCUGAGAAUAUUUACGAGAUGAUCCCAGACACGCAGGAUGCAAAUUCCAAAGCCUCCUUAGCGAUGGACAACGUGCCAGCCCCUGCUCCCCCCUCUGUUCCUCUUCCUUCCAUGGUUGAGGCUGCGCCUGUUGCACCCACUCCAGCCCCUCGCCCUCCUCCUACCAUCCAGGUCGAGUGCGAGAGCCCCACCACCGCCGUGUACGUCAACGUAGCAGAGCUGCGGAGGAGCAUCGGCCAGUCCUCUCCACUGGUGUCUCCCUCCCCCUCCCCUCGGACGUCCUGUCACCUACGCCCGGACGAGGGAUGGGAGGUGCACACUGACCAGGAGAGCGGUCUGGAGUUUUAUUAUCACCCUGACACGGGACAGACAACCUGGGACAACCCUUUUGACACCUUUCUGGACCGUGAGGUGCCUCCGGACGUGCUGCCUUCCCCUUUGCCCGCUCGGUCCCCUGCCCCGUCGCCGCCCGCGCCUGCUGUCGGGACCUCUGACUGGGAGCAGUUACUGGAUGAGACCAGCGGGCAGCACUACUUCUACAACCCAGUGUCGGGGGAGACGUCUUGGGACCCCCCGGAGCAGCUGUCCUCCUCCCCUGCUCGCAUGGAGUCCAUGGGCCUGCAGACUCCCCUGGGCGAUGGACCGCCCCCCCUCCCCGAGGAGGACUACCCCUCUGACAGCCAAGAGGAGCCUGGGACUUUGCCCACCUUCCCAAAAGACUACUCAUUCUCUCAUGUGAAACGGAUGCCAAUCCCUCGAGCCAGCUUAGACACCAGUGCACCAGCAGGAUGGACGCGUUCGAUUGACCCGGACGGAAAGUGGGUGUUCACCUGCGAAAGCACACAGGAGCAGUGGAUCAAAUCUGUGGAUGAAAGGGGACAGGCGUACUAUUAUUCGAGAGAUGGAUCUAGAUCCCAGUGGACCUUACCAGAGAUUGCAACUUCAAGCCAGCCAAGGUUGGGAAAUGGAGUUGACCCCGAGGAAGUGUCCGUUUUAAAGAACUGGAGGCAUACCAUGGGCCCUAUGCAGCUUAACCCAUGCCAGGAUGACUCUCAGAGGUUUCUCUCGACUCACAGGAGGAACUUCUCUGACUACGGCAGCGAUGCUUCCAGCUCGGGCAACUCUCCCGAGCUGCAACAUCACGCUGAUACGUUCAAACACCGCCGGAACCCCUCCAAUCAGAGUUCAGAGUCUCAGCACCAUAAUACCCAGACUUUGGAAAAAGCUGGAAUCCUAAACAAAACGAAGAUCUGUGAGAAUGGGAAAAGAGUGAGGAAAAAUUGGACCCAGUCAUGGACAGUGCUCCACGGUGGAAUUCUGACAUUUCACAAAGAUCCAAAGUCAGCACCGACUGGAACCUUGAACAAGACAAAUCAGAUUGUCCCAGAAGUCUCAUUGGAGCUACGGGGAGCAGUCAUUGGCUGGGCCUCAAAAGAAAAAUCCAGCAAGAAGAAUGUUCUAGAGUUGAAAACACGAAGUGGCGCUGAAUUCCUGAUACAGUAUGACACCGAGAGCAUCAUCCACGACUGGCACAAAGUGAUUGCGGACACUGUGCGACAGCUGGAGCUGGAGCACCACUCUGAGGACGAGGAUGGAGAGGGCAGUGAAAAGUCACUGGGCUCUGAGGACAAAAAGAGGACCUCCAUCAGGUCGAGCGUGUCCAGCGCCAGCACAGACAUGGACCAGAAGAAGGUGCGCACCAAGCUCCUCAAGUUCCUCCAGAAGCGCCCCACUCUGCAGUCUGUCAAGGAGAAGGGCUACAUCAGAGACAAUGUGUUUGGUUGUCACCUGACCGCACUGUGUGCCCUGGAGAAAACUACCAUCCCCACCUUUGUAGAGAAGUGCAUCAAAGCAGUGGAGAGAAGAGGUGUGGAUAUUGAUGGGAUCUACAGAGUCAGUGGGAACCUCGCAGUCAUUCAGAGGCUACGCUUCAAGGCAGACCAGGAUGAGCUGGACCUGGAGGACGGACAGUGGGAGGACAUUCACGUCAUCACCGGAGCUCUCAAGCUCUUCUUCCGAGAGCUUCCCGAGCCGCUCUUCCCCUACAACCACUUCAACAGCUUCCUUGCAGCCAUCAAAAUCCCUGAUAAAACUGUGAAGGUGACUCAAAUGCGUAAGCUGAUAAAGACGUUCCCUCAGCCCAACCAUGACACCAUGGAGCUCCUCUUCAGACAUUUGCGCAAGGUGAUCGCGUGUGGGGAUAUCAAUCGCAUGUCGGUGCAGAACGUAGCCAUCGUCUUCGGCCCCACGUUGCUACGGCCUGAGAUGGAAUCCGGCAACAUGACCAUGCACAUGGUCUUCCAGAACCAGAUCGUCGAGUUCAUCCUCACCGAGUAUGAGAGGAUAUUCCAUGGCAGUUGAUUGAUCAGCCUUUCACUAGAGUGCACAAGCUAAACUGACCGUCAGAACAAAUCAAACACCAUGCACCACAGCUAGUUUCAUAGACUGUGUGGUAAGGCAAAAGUGACACUUGGCCUCUUCCAUACGAAACGUUCACCUUUCCUUUUAGUUUUAGACUCAAUGUCCUACCAUUGUGAGCAGUACAGUCAAUUCCUGCAGCCCCUAACUCACCCUUGUUUCGGGGGAAGAAAUGAGCUUCACAAAUUUCAAAAGUACAUGCAAACAAUGUUGUGUGGAUGAAAACAGUCUAUUCAUUCCAUUUGUAACUGUCUCAUAUAUACCUUUCACAUCAGAGAGGUGGGAUUUUUGCUGAAUUAAAAGACCAUUCCAUUGUAAUAAAUGGCGUCUUCCAUACCACUCUGCUCUCGCCACACAACUUUCACCACACUUCACUGCACAAUCAUCAUUUGUUGUAUCCAGACUAACCCUUAAACCCGUUCUAAACCUGCUUGUGCUGUGCAAUUCUGAUUACAAUGCAAAAAGAAUGGCCGCAUUGUCACCAUGAACGUUAGUUUGAGAGACUUAUGUGGCUAUACAUGUAACGAACCAUUAGUCAUAAAUUACAUGAAUCCAUUUUUAACUCCCAUUUUGGGAUAGAGCCACCUUACUAAUGGCAGAUGAAAUGUGACUGGUGAUUCUCACAGCUUCUCAAAUAACCUUUCCAUUAUUCAACUUUUCUUGAUGUUCUCUUUUUUUAAGAGUGCUUUGAGUUAUGUAAUUUUUGCAUAACAAAGCAUUACAAAAAAUUAAUGAUGUCUGGAUUUAAGGCUUCUGUAUAGGUUCUGUACAGCUAAGAGGAUGUGUAUAAUGCCGAUAUAAUGUAAUGGUAUUCAAGUUUUUUUUCAAUUGAAAAUUUAGCAAAUGUAAUAUAGAAAGGGAUGUACAAAUAAUAAUAAUACCAACAUAGCCAUGUGAAAGAGAAGGACUUUCUUGCAGUGUUGCAUUCAACUUCAGAGGUGAGAACAUACAGUAAUAAGGCUAUGUCUGUUAUUGGCAAGGUUGUAAGAUAUGGUCCAUGCAUAACAUGCUAAGGAAAUAUUAAGGAAGAGAAAAAUAUAGCUGUACAGUUUUUUUAUUACUUUGUUAGCAUUAAUUUUUUAAUGGAAAGAAGGAAAGGCCAAAAUGUCCAUACUGUAAGCAUGUGUAAAGAUUGGAAUUUUAUGUAUGGGUUUUGCUAUUGCACAUAAAAGAGCACAAUUUAGUUUGUAAAUGACAAAGAAUGCACAAUUUUUCAUUUUAAUAAAAUAACUUAAUUUGAACAGAAAGUCACUGGACCUUUAUAUUGCUUUCGAAGUGAUUUUAUCAUCAAAUUGUCAAUUAAUCUCUAGCAUGCCGAAUUAUUUAAACCAGUGCUCAUGUGUAUAUAUGUGUUACUUUUAUUUACGAGCCGAGCUCUGGAUUAAUUUGUGAAUUAUUUAGUACCAGAUUUUGUGUAUUUAAAUUGAUACAACCAGGUAUAAGUUGAACUCAUUACCAUUUACUUUUGUGUCUAUAUUUAUUUCACUAGUUGUUUACUUUCAGCAGCCAAGUGUACACUUUCACAGUACUGUAAAAUACAGUUUCUGCAAUGUGACGCUUCUAUUCAGUCACAUUGACUCCUCGUUUUCCAUACUGAAAUGUCAGUAUAUAAGUUAAAUCCCUUAAGUUAACAUAUCUAUGACCUUUCACAAUGAUAAAAGUAACUGCCAAGGAAUUCUGUCCAAAUAUGUAGUUUGACAGGAUUUUUCUGGUUUCUGUUUUGUUUAUAGUAUGUUAUGCUGAAGUUGUAUACCAACUUCAGUGCAAACAGGACCAAUAAAAAAGAGAGAAAAAGGACCAAUGAAAAAUAGAGAAAAAAUAUAAAAUAAACUGUUUUGCAUAUAAAACAAAAUGGAGGUAAAUCAAGAUGGAGGACAUGGGUAGUCCCAAUGACAAAGUCGUAGAUCUGGAACACCCAAAUGUAUGUAUGUAGUUGGACUUGCGGUAUGAAAGUUAUGGACAAAAAUGCAAAUAUAUGCAUUAUAGCACCACCAUCUGGCAAAUACAUGUACGAUACCUUCCCUGAGUAGGGGGACAUAGCAGCCUACCUGCCAAAUAUGGAAAGAAAGAAAGAAAGAA